AUCAGGAAAUGCAGGGGCGUAAAACUGCCUGGGCCAUAUAUCUGCCUGCUCCAGGUCUGCAGUCUCUCCCUUCUCUUUCAGAACGCAAUGAGCGAUCCAGAAAUUAUACCGCUGAGUGAGAGAGACUCCACAGCAGAAAACCAGCAGCAGCCGGACAGUCGUGAUGAGGACGCCGCGCUGAACUCAGUUGAGGACCGUAAACACAAGACGAAAGUCAGCGCUGGACUGCUGGGCGAGAGUUCAGCAGUGAUUUUGGUGCUCGGGUUCCUGUUUCUGAUGUGGAUUGUGGUUCUGAUCUCAGCCCAACAGCUCACCAUCAGCAGCCCCGGACACUUCAACGCCGUCCGGGCCAGGAAACAUUUGGAGCAGAUCACCAGCGUCGGGCCGCGGACCGUUGGAAGCCCAGAGAACGAGAUCACCACGGUCAACUACCUGCUGGAUCAGAUCGAGCAAAUCCGGAAUGAGAGCAAAACCGGACCUCAUUCCAUCACGGUGGACGUCCAGCGGCCCACCGGCUGCUUUAGAAUCAGCAUCUACACCAGCUGCUACGACCGUCUGACCAACAUCGCGGUCAAACUUGAGCCGCAGACGGGCGCGCAACACUUCAUGCUCGCUAACUGCCACUUUGAUUCAGUGGCCAACAGCCCAGGAGCCAGUGAUGACGCCGUCAGCUGUUCAGUGAUGUUGGAAGUUUUACAUUCUCUGUCGAAUCUCUCCACGCCGCUCAAACACGGCGUCAUCUUCCUGUUCAAUGGGGCAGAGGAGACCAUCCUGCAGGCCAGUCACGCCUUCAUUACCCAGCAUCCCUGGGCUAAGCAGGUGCGAGCGUUUGUGAACCUGGAUGCGGCAGGAGUAGGAGGGAAAGAGCUGGUGUUUCAGACAGGUAAACACUCAAUACACCUCAAUACAGAGUUAAAAGAAUAGAUCACUAUCAUCAUCCUGUCAUCAUUUACUCACACUUGUGUUGUUCUAAACCAGUGGUUCUCAACCAGUCAGUCUAAAGAAGGCAAUGCAGGCUUGACAGUCAGCUAAAACUAUUAAAAAUAAAGAUAUUUCUUAUUUCAAUUCACCCUAGAAUUCAGAUGGUCUUGAAAAACGUUCAGUAGCGGUAGGCCAUCUGACAAAAUUUUAUAUAGUGACUAAGCAUGUCAUCAUAAUAAUGUUAAAAUACAGCAGUGACUGCCUACUAGAUGACUAUGAGUGUUCAAAUGAUAUCACACAUCACUAUUAUGUGUCUUUCAUGUGUGCUUGAUGUAUUAAAAAACAAUUCUGCAUGAGCUAGCAGUAGCAGCACAAUGAAUUAAAUUUUAGUUUAAGAGAAUACUUUUUGUACGCAAAUAAAAUAAAAUAAAAUAAUGUUUUUAUUCAACAAUUUGUUUCCUCUGUGUCAGUGUAGCAUCAUUUUGGAGAGUAUCCACUGGAUGUAAACUGUGUACGCCAGAUAUGCUAUUUUCAAUCAAAUCAAAGUGUAAAUACGUAGAAAGCAUACCCAUGUGGUGUGACUGACACAGACCGGCAUAUGCAGUUUGCCUCCAGUGGAUACUCUCCAAAAUGGCACUACUAAAUUUUCAUUUUGGGGUGGAGUAACACUUUAAAGAGACAACAGCCUAAAAGACGUACUGCUGUCUGUGUCAUAAAGUUAAUCAGAGAAACAUCACUCUCUGCUCCUGACUCAAUAGUGUUAUAACUUUAGGAAGAAUGAAAGUACAUUUGAUACAUACAGUGAUGCAGUGUUUUUAGGUGGGGUCUUAGGCUUUAAUGUCCAUUUUGACAGCUGAUUGUUUAACCCUCUGGCCCUGGAAAUGUCAUGUCUGUCAAGUAUUUGCUGAGUUUUGUUUCAUUUUUGGGACUUGUUUCAGAGAGCAGUUCACAGAGACAGAGAAGACAGAGACCGCACACUGUUUUUUUCUUCUUUAUUUUACAAAAGCACAGCAUUUUGUUGUUAUUACGAAUGUAUACAAAUAAAUGUAGACCCUUUACAGAUUCAAACAAUGUAUUGCUCUGAUCUGUACGAUCAAAAAUGACAAAGUAAUUUAAGUUCCUUUAGGGGUUAUCAGGAAAAAUGCUGCAAAAUGCAUGGCAUGUUUGUUGACCCCAGAGAGUUAAUGCAAUACUGUGUUUAUUAAAUGGUGUCCAUAGGCUUGUUCCAGUCAGGAUAUGCUUGAUAGUACCUCUCAAAAUUGGGAAAAUCGCAAUCCAGAUUGUGGAUCGUGAUUUUGCAUUAUAAGACGUCAUAUUUUAAGAUUAAAUACCCCUAAUUAGGAUAAACGAGGAAGCCUUAUUUUAAAAGUAA